UUCUUCUCCUCCUCUGCCGACCGAAGCCCCCCAAGCCACCGACUUUCUUCCCCCUUGAAAAACCCGGUGAGAUCUUGAUGAAUUUCUCUUCCUUUCUUGUUAAAUCACAAGAUUUGGGGCUUAGAAUCUUCCCUCUCAACCCAGAAAAUUCCGGUUCUGCUCUGCUCUUCUUCCUUGUCCGCCGGCUGCUGUGGGUUUGAAUUUCUGGGCAUUUUUCGGUUUCCGUGAGUUUCCCGCAGCUUGCCGCCGGCUUCUUCUUCCCCUGCUAGCUCCGGUUCUUGCUGGAAAAUUCUGGAAGUGAAACCGAGGACGGAGAAACCACGAGAAGUGACGAGUUAAAAAGCUAGCCAUUUCGCGAUUGAUAUAGAUUUUAGAAAUAAAUCAUGAUCUUGUAAGCUAUAGUGUAUUUGGAGAUUUUAUGAUAUUAGAGAAUUUUUAAAGAUUUGAUCUUCAGAUUUUAAUGGUAUCAAAUCGUGGUAUAAUAAGUUCCGAGCCUUGUGCAUUUGUGGGAUCCUUUCACGAGUGCACGGUGUCUGUCGCGUCUCGAAUUCGGGUUUUGGGGCGUGACAUUAAUUCUAACUAUAAGUUGGGUUUCGAAUGAACGAAAGUGUACCCAAAAAAAUUUCUAGAACAUUUAAGUAUGAGCUAAGGAUAUAAUUGUGAGAAAAUAAUAUUGUUGAGCUUAAUCAUAAAAUUUUCAAAUAUAAGGGACUUAAAAGAGAAAAGAAUUAGGAUAAGGAUGGUUGCUUUUUUUCUUUCUUUCUUCCUCAGCCGCGCGUUCUGCUCUUUUUCUUCUCCCUUGCAGCCG